GUAUAAACAAAAAUUUGAGGAAUUUUUUCAAUCAGUCAGAAAGGCUCGAUCCGUAAAAGUGAACCUUUGUUUUCAAAUUUGCUGAUAUUCUGUGGAUGGCCUGAAGUAAAGACAAGCACUAACCUAAAGUAAUGUUUUACGAAAAAUAUUUGCACAAUUAUUGUAUACUUUAAUUUUCUUUGAAGGAAUGUUGCUGUUAUUGUUGUUGCUAUCAGCUUUUGGUGUGGCAGUGGGCAACCAAUGCGAAGAACUGCAAGAUGGUGAAUUUUUCAGCUACGGAGAAACUACUUCAGAAGCUCCUGGUCCGUCAGAUUGGUAUAAAAAAUGGAGGCAAUGUGGUGGUAAUCGGCAAUCUCCGAUCAACAUCGACACGAGUCGGGUGAGGCACAGACAUUUCCGAACUCUGAAAAUAGAAUUCGACAGACUGGGCGGCCUGGUCAGUGGGGAGUUAAAAAACAAUGGAAACGCUCCCACUUUUUUCGUAGACAAGGACAAGGGAACAGCGAGACUGAAAGGAAGUCGUCUUUCAGACAGAUACGUGCUUACUAAUUUCCACGUGCAUUUCGGAUGUGAAAACGACCGGGGAUCAGAGCACACUCGUAAUGGCCACCGUUUUGCUGCCGAGAUUCAUUUUGUGUUUGAGGGUUCAAGAGGACGGUUUGCAGUCGUAGCUGUAUGGCUCAGGGCUUCUAAAAAUGAAAACACUAUUCUGGGAAGGUUGGCAAAUCAGAUGCACAAGAUUAUUGAUGUUGGUANCCCUCCCCGCGGGAUGCCUGUUGUUAUCCACGAAUUAGAACAAACCCAAGUUAAUACAUAA